GUUAAUGACUCAUGAAUAACACAAAUGAAAAUCCAAAAUAGACACAUUCCUAAAAUUGAAAUUGGAUUAAAAAAAAAAAAAAAAACAUAAGACCCAAUAUAACGACCAGCUUAACACACGCCAUUAACAACAGAGCAGAGCAAAGAGAAGACUCUUCUUCAUCAUCAUUCAUCACACACACACAAAAAGUAACUUAUUUUUCCUCUCCCUCUCUCUCAUACACACAAAAAUGGCGGAGCUUGAGAACCCAAGUGUAAUGUCGAAGCUAAUAGCAUUCUUAUCUUCAUUGCUAGAGCGAGUUGCUGAGUCAAACGAUCUGACCAGGCGAGUCACGACUCAGUCACAGAGAGUUUCGGUGUUCCAUGGAUUGAGUCGACCAACCAUAACGAUUCAGAGCUAUCUACAGAGGAUCUUCAAAUACGCAAAUUGUAGUCCUUCUUGCUUCGUCGUGGCUUACGUUUAUCUCGACCGUUUCACUCACAGACAACCUUCACUUCCCAUCAAUUCCUUUAAUGUCCAUCGUCUUCUCAUCACCAGUGUCAUGGUCGCUGCUAAAUUCCUCGAUGAUCUGUACUACAACAAUGCGUAUUACGCGAAAGUGGGAGGAAUAAGCACGAAAGAGAUGAAUUUUCUGGAGCUGGAUUUCUUAUUCGGGUUAGGAUUUGAAUUAAACGUGACGCCAAACACAUUCAACGCCUACUUCUCUUAUCUUCAAAAGGAAAUGACUCUUCUUCAACCUCUCUCUCUCGUUGUUGUCCCAUCAUCAAGAUCUGUCGUUACCUUCAACGACGAUGAAGCUUCUCAUCAGAAACAACAACAACAACUCGCUGUUUAAAUCACAACAAAAAUCCAAAAAAAAAAACAACUAAAUCUUUUUUUUUGUCUCUUUAUCAAUUUCUCCUUUAAAAAAUAUGAAUUGUGUAGUUGUAGAUGAUGUAGAGAUUAGUCGGCAGGGACUCUGAUCUUGUCUUAAUCAAAUCUUGAUUAAGAAUAAAUAAGAAAUUUCAAAAUCAACCAGUAA